GUGGACCAACCACAGCUGCAUACAGUAAUCCACUGGCUUGGAAAGUUUGUGUCACAGGCACCUUUGAAACCACAACCACCCUCCUCCUUCUACACCACUGACAAAACCCUAUUUUGAUCUUAAUAAGUGUUAACACCUCACCACCUCUUUCUCAGAAGACCUUUACUGCAGAUAAAGAGCAGCGGUUGAAUUUCAGGCAUCGUCUCUCGAAGAACAUCAGGUCAUGAUGAAGACUGGUCGCAUCCUCCUGCUCUGCAUCCUGGCGGCUGCUCUGGUUUCCACGGUGGUCUGCAACAAUGGAGAUGGUCCUGAUGAGUGCUGCUUCAGCUACCACCAACAUAAAAUCAAAAAAGACUUAAUCCAGUCUUAUAUAUUGACAGAUGAGAGGUGCGCUAAACCUGGAGUCAUUGUAGUGACUGUGAAAUCUCGUCACAUCUGUGUGGAUCCGAAUCUGUCCUGGGUCAAAGGCAUCAUGAAUCAUCUGGAUGAUGAACUUUUAAAGUAUACAGGUAUCAGCAGGAGCUCCCUGUCUACUGCCCCUGAGCUCAGUGCAGCUUCUGCCCCUUUGGACUCUUUGGCAUCGUCUCUCGAAGAACAUCAGGUCAUGAUGAAGACUGGUCGCAUCCUCCUGCUCUGCAUCCUGGCGGCUGCUCUGGUUUCCAUGGUGGUCUGUCAAAAUGGGCGUAGUCCUGAUGAGUGCUGCUUCAGCUACUACCCAUGGAGAAUCAAUAAAGACUUAAUCCAGUCUUAUAUAUUGACAGAUGAGAGGUGCGCUAAACCUGGAGUCAUUGUGGUGACUGCAAAAUCUCUUAACAUCUGUGUGGAUCCGAAUCUGUCCUGGGUCAAAGGCAUCAUGAAACAUCUGGAUGAUGAACUUUUAAAUAUUUUGAUCUUAAUAAGUGUUAACACCUCACCACCUCUUUCUCAGAAGACCUUUACUGCAGAUAAACAUCAGUUCAUCAUGAAGACUGGUCGCAUCCUCCUGCUCUGCAUCCUGGCGGCUGCUCUGGUUUCCACGGUGGUUUGUCAAAAUGGGCGUAGUCCUGAUGAGUGCUGCUUCAGCUACUACCCAUGGAGAAUCAAUAAAGACUUAAUCCAGUCUUAUAUAUUGACAGAUGAGAGGUGCGCUAAACCUGGAGUCAUUUUUGUGACUGCAAAAUCUCGUCACAUCUGUGUGGAUCCGAAUCUGUCCUGGGUCGAAGGCAUCAUAAAACGUUUGGAUAAGAAAGACUUAUCUAACUAAAGUAGCUUCAUCUUUGUGUGUUGCUUUGUUAUAGUGACAUAUUCAUUUUAGCGCUUGUGUGUGUCUUCUUGUGGUGCUCACACAUAUAAUCAACUAUUUUACUUGGACUGAGUCGUCUUGAACCUGAACUGUGUUUUCAGGGCUUUAUAUUUACAAUAAAACCAUAAAUACAGCUGCAUUAAAAAUUGCCUGAUUCCUGGCUGUCAUCCCUAAACCACAGACAGAUGGAGAAUAGAGGUGAUGGGCACAGGGAACCUACUGUACAGUAGUUUGGGGUGUUUUAAAGCAAGUCUUAAAAAAUGAUGGAAAAUUUCACUGCUGAUAAAUAAAACAUACAGACCUUCAUCUAA